AUGGCCGGCCCACAACGGCCUGCCUCUGGGCUGCCAACAAGACGUACGACAACUACAGCUACACGCCCAGCAACACGUCCAUCAACGCGACGAGCGGGGUCAACGGUGCCCUCUUCGACCAGAGCCAAUUCUCCAGCAGUUACUGCGAAAGCGCCCCCAAGCAGCUCGCGCGCGGUGAAAUCGCCGACCGAUUCAUCCACCACCAGUCUUAUUGCCAAGCGCAAAGAAAGAGACUAUGAACGUGAAAUCAACGAAGACACCAGCAUCCACGUUGUGGUAAGAUGCCGCGGCCGCAACGACAGGGAGAUCCAAGAAAAGAGCGGAGUCGUUGUGUCAACUCCUGAAGGAGUAAAAGGCAAAUGCGUUGAAUUAUCCAUGGGCCCAAAUGCCUUGGCCAACAAAGCCUACACAUUUGACAAGGUCUUCUCAGCAGCUGCCGAUCAGGUGACUGUAUAUGAAGAUGUUGUGUUGCCUAUAGUUAACGAAAUGCUUGCUGGAUACAAUUGCACAAUCUUCGCUUAUGGACAGACGGGAACCGGAAAGACCUACACAAUGUCAGGCGACAUGACGGAUACCCUGGGCAUACUAUCAGACAAUGCUGGUAUUAUUCCGCGUGUGCUCUACUCACUCUUCCAUAAGCUCCAAGAAACAGAGAGCACGGUGAAGUGUUCCUUCAUCGAACUAUACAAUGAAGAGCUUCGCGAUCUGCUAGCGUACGAGGAUAACUCGAAACUCAAAAUCUAUGAAAACGAGUCGAAGAAGGGCCAUGGGAGCACGCUUGUUCAGGGUAUGGAGGAAACAUUCAUCGACUCAGCGUCGGCUGGAAUAAAGCUGCUCCAGGAGGGAAGUCACAAGCGGCAAGUAGCAGCAACAAAAUGCAACGACCUGAGUUCCCGGAGUCACACUGUUUUCACUAUCACCGUCCUUACGAAACGAAUUACAGAGUCCGGCGACGAGCAUAUCAGCCACGGAAAGCUGAAUUUGGUCGAUUUGGCUGGUAGUGAGAAUAUCCAGCGCAGCGGUGCUGAGAACAAGCGUGCGACCGAAGCUGGUCUAAUCAACAAGAGCUUGCUCACUUUGGGUCGUGUGAUCAACGCCUUGGUCGACAAAAGCCCCCAUAUCCCAUACCGAGAAUCCAAGCUUACCCGCCUGCUGCAAGACUCUCUCGGAGGACGAACAAAGACAUGCAUCAUUGCUACGGUCUCACCAUCCCGCAGUAACCUGGAGGAAACUAUUUCCACGCUGGAUUAUGCAUUUAGAGCGAAGAAUAUUCGCAACAAGCCACAGAUCAACUCAACGAUGCCGAAGAAGACGCUCAUUCGUGAAUUCACAGCAGAGAUUGAGAAGUUGAAGGGAGAGCUUAUUGCUACGCGACACCGAAAUGGCGUGUAUAUGAGCGUCGAUUCCUGGGAAGAGAUGCAUAUGGAAAGCGAAUCACGAAGGAUCGUCAAUGAGGAACAGCGUGCAAAGAUCGAGUCCAUGGAAUCGAGCUUGCGACACAAGGUUCAGGAACUUUUCACGCUCACGAGCAAUUUCAACGACUUGAAGAAGGACAAUGAAGAAACACGUGCUGCUCUUGCUAAUACCAAUGAUGUACUUGAGCAGACUGAGAUUGUUCUCAAGGACACCAAAGCUCAGCUCGAGGAGGAGGAAAUGCUGCGUAAAGCGCAUGAAGAGACAGAAGCGAAACUUCGCGAUCUCGGCGCAGGUCUUCUGUCUACUUUGGAUACGACGGUGGAAGAUAUCAGUGGCCUGCACGCCAAGAUACAACGCAAGACUGACCUGGAUGCCACCAACAAGCGGGCCUGGCAGGUGUCUACUGCGGAAGUGUCCAAUGUCACUACGGUCAUUGAUUCCAAGGUUGAGGCGUUCCAGGAGCAACAUUCCGAGCUUGUGGAAGCCAUGUCCGAAAAGAUCAACGAGUUUGUCACGCGUGAACUCGGCAAUAUCGAAUCGAACCAAUCGCAAUUGCUUCAAUCGGCAGGCCUCUUCGAUAAGGCGGAACGUGAGGCGAAUUCUCAGACCACGGGCGCCCAUGAUGAGAUGAACGAAGUCCUUGAAGAGAUUAAGGAUCUACGCGAGGAUGUUAAGCGUAAGGUUGGCGAAGGAUUGAAUGGUCUCUCAGCUGCAGCUGCUCGCAUUUCCAAAGAGGUUAUCGGCGAGUUCUCCGAGUUCCAUGCUCAACUGCAUUCUUCUUACAGUGCUCUUGGCAAGGAUUUGAAGACUGUGUUCGAGGAUAUGGUUACGCAUCUCAAUGGACAAAAAGCAGAGAUCAACAAGCUGCGAUUGGAGCUCCAGGAGGCUAACACCAAGGCGGUCGAGGCCAACCGCAGGGCAUCUUCACACUUGGCACAGACCCUUGAGGAGGAGAGUGCUAAUGCUGAAGCUGAGCGUGAUCUUCUGAUGUCGCAGAUGAAGGCUUUGAUUGAGGAGUCUCGCCAGAGGCAAUUUGGCCGCUUGAAGGGUAGGGUGGAGACAAUGCGCACGGAUCUUACAUCUUCUGGAGACUUCUUGGAGCACGCCACUGCGCAGUAUGACCGCCAUGUUGACGAAUGGGUGUUCAAGUCGGAACAAUUUGCCAAGGACGUCACUGCAUCGAAAGACGACAUCAGGUCAAGGAUGCAAAGUGACUGGGAGGUCUUCGAUCAACGCAAUGCUUCUAUCCAAAAGGUUACAGAGUCGGUCCACGAGGAGACGGUCCGUAUUGUUGAUGCUCAGGUGAAUAACAUGAGCAAACAAAUGGAAGCACUGGACGAUUUCGUCGCCAAAGCUCGCUCGCAGAAUGGCCGUUACCGUGACGCCCACCUUUCAAGCCUGCAGAACAUGUCGUCCAAUGUCCACCAGUCAUAUGAUUCUGUGAACACACAGUUCACGGAGCUUGGUGGCCGUCUAAGUGAGCUACAAGAGGGUGCAAUUCAGCAACAACUCAACCUGCAAGAGUCGACCAUGCCCCUGUCGGAUGAAGUCCGCAAGCCAUUGACCGAUCUUCGGGAGAACAUCAGGAACCGAGCCUUCGAGGAAUAUGUCUCCACUGGCGUGACUCCCAGGAAGCGCGCCUACGACUAUCCGUCUGACCUACCGCGGACUGAAGGCCAUGAUUGCUUGAAAACCCGGAUGAGAACGUCCAGACAGUUCACAGCACUGCCAUUCAGCGGCGAAGAUCAGCUUCCCACGCUCGACAGCUCUCCUGGAACUCCCCCAUCCAAAGGGUUCGUUUUCAACGACACCUCGGACGAGGUAGGAUCUUUACCACCCAAAACCGCGGUUACUCCUUCCAACACGGGCCUUAGGGAAGUCGAUGCAAACGUCGUAAAACCGCGCGCAUCUAGCGCUGGAGACCGCAAAUCAUCUACUGCCGGCGUAGAAACCCCUCGGAUUACCAUGGACCUCACCCCGGAAACCGAAGACACCGACCAACCGCCUGCGAAAAGACGUUGCUCCAAUCUCACCUCGACUGAUAGCAAGCUCUCGCAGAAGAAGCUGACGAGGAAGAUGGCUGGGAUGCUGGAGGGCCCGGAAAACGUUCCUCCUCCUUCCAGCGCUAGAAGGCUGAGAAACCAGCCCUUCAAUUAG